AUGACUAAUACUAUCAAUAUCAUUAAUCGAACUGAUCGGUCAACAAAACUCGGAUUCUUUCCCAAUCUCGGUCCCUAUCAACCAUCGUUCAACGCUGAAAGAACGAUUGAUAUCGCAGCUGGUGAAAAUCAAUUAGUUGAACUUGAUCACGGAUGGGAAGGUCGAAUUCAAAAAUUAACUGGUGCACCAAAUGAUCCUGCAACAUGGGCAGAAAUUCAUUUUAAUGCUUUUCAAAAUAUGACAUUUGUUGAUAUAAGUUUAAUCAGAGGUUAUAAUGGUUCAUUAGUUUUUACAAGUAACGAUGGUUCUUUAAAGACUGGUGUUAAAGAUAAUCUCUUCUUUAAUGCACCGAAUCAAUUCAAACUUAAAGAUUCACAAGGAAAUCAUGUUCUCGAUGCAACAGAACCUUAUACAGGUGGACAAAAUAUGGACUUGAUUUCCUAUUAUCGUAGUAGAGUACCUAUUGGACAAGGAUAUAUCGUUCCAGAUGAUCAUUCUAGUUCACAUGGUACACAAGAUACACAUAUUAAACUUGAGAUUUAUUCAUAG